AUGUCCGGGCGUCACGGGGAAGGAAAUGACGAUAAUGAGACGAGUCCCGCGUCUACGGGGCCGCAGGGACUUAGUCGGGCGAGAGUGAGGUUGGACUUCCACGGAGGCAGGGGCCAACCCGCUGUGCCUCGCAGAAGAGUGCGGGAAAAGCAGCGGCCAUAUUGGAGACUUGACAGUGAGGUGAAAGAUGUGCUGCUGGAGGGAGAGGCCCGCGGCAAUUACAUGAAGCUGAAUGAUUUUCUUCGGAGGCAUAUCGGCCCCAGCGCAGUUGUCGAUGAAAGAUACAAUGUGACGAUGGAAGUAUUUUUAGUGAAGCCGAAGGCUUACGUGCAGGAUCCGCAGCUGCUUGGACAAAUUCUCAAUUUGACAGAGUAUCACGCGCUGCAAGAGACUUACAAGCUUAGGGGAGAUACGUACAGACUUCAUCGCGAAGGUGUGAUCUUUCUUGAACAAUGGGGAAACUUUGAACGGAAGAAUAUGUGCACUCCUCUUGCAAGGCUAAAACUCGAUGCAGCCCUUAAGGUGGCACCGAAACAAGAAAAGGCAUACAUGCUGGAGGGACACUACGACUCUCUGUACGAUGCGGGGUGGCAUCAUGUCAUGGAAGUUCCCGACGGCGAGGGGACGGGAAUGAAGGUGCAUGAGGGGAAACCAGCACAGUCAUGGACGUACAAGAAAGUUGGCAACACGCUUGAAAAGGAUGACGGUGUGGAGCAAUCCGGUGCACCGCGUCUCAGGCUGAUGGUGCUCACCUCGGACUGGGCAUGGCCGUAUUCUUGGCUGCUAGGGAAACCGAUUCGUGACUGCUAUGUGAACUGCGAGGUGGAUCGAGUUUGGCAGAUCGUCAACGGCGAUCUCACCGAGUGGUUCAGCAAUUUUGAUUUGACUCUCAAUCCUUCACCCGUGAUGCGUCUCUUGGUUGGGGCGCCCGGGAUCGGGAAAUCGAUGGCUGCCGGUUCGUACCUCCUCUACCAACUGCUGCACUAUGAUGCGGAGAAACUCCCUGUGGUUGCGUACCGCAUUGCGGAUCGAACAUUCAUGUUUGACAAGGCUACCCAAAAGGUGUCACAUUACAUUGGUAAGGAAGCGGUUUUGAAAUCUGUGGAGGAAUUUUCUGGGCGUGGGAUGAAGGGGUAUAUCAUCUACAACGUGGCCGAGCCUAUUCAUGAACCGUCUGUUCGUUUGCUUCCCAGGGGAUGGGGCAUGAUUGUGGUGACGCCACCAGAAGAGAGUGCCCACAGAAGAUGUAAGAAGCAGUUGAGGGGCAGGCGGAUCAUAAUGAAUUGCCCACAGGAGAGCGAUGUGAAGGCAAUGUGCGUGUGGAAGAAGCGCAAUCAGUCAGCUGAGGCGCAGGUGGGAUACUGGCAGGAGGUAAGAGGCUACAUGAAUAAGGUGGGAUCCAUCCUCCGUGACCUGUUCAGUGAGAGAGAUACUAAUGCACGCCUUUCCGCUGCGAGGGAGCCGUGGAAUGGAUUGCCUCAUCAAAUGCUCAUGACUACAUUGGCGUGA